UCAAGCAAGACGUUAACAGGCAUAGGCAAGGAGAGCAAGCAGCGGUUUGCAGAAUUUUAGAAGAACUGAGGACCAGCGGAUGUCAUUAACCCAAACUGGAUGUCAUUAACCCAAACUGAGUGGGAAAUGUGGGAGUUCUGUGAGAGGCUAGUUCCGGACUUCAAAGAAGACCAAACGUUCACCUCCUUUGUGAUCUACGCUACCUGGUAUUAUUAGACUAUCCUCACUGAAUCACAAUAAUGAGUGAAAAAGACUCAGCAGCUAAUCAGGUGGUCCCUGCUUUUGUUCAUACCCUUGGGACAUUGGCCCUAGCAGCUGUCACAGCAGUCGCCAUUAAGUGGUUCUUUUCACGUGAAACGAAGGAGGGAAAAACUCUGGAUGAUGAAGCCGAUUGGCAUAUGCACCUUGAUCUAAUGGCUAAAGAUGAACAAUGCCAAAAGGAUCCUUCCAGUCCCCUUGAUCCAGCUCCUGCUAUUGGCCCUGCACUUCUAAAGGUCAGUAAAUGGGUUGACGAGGAUGGCUUUGCUAGUGCAGAUGACAACUUAAGCCUGAAAGACUCAAGUACUUUGCAUGAUAAAUGUCUGUCAUCGGUAGAUAGUCUAUGCACAGUUUCUGCAACUAGUGAACACGACACAUCUUUUCAUGAGGACCUUCCUCUUGUGGGACCCAGACAUAACAAACAUGAUCAUUUCAAUGCCUAUCAGUGUCCACUUGUCACACUGGGUUCCAAUGGCAGGUUGUCUCUGCUUCAGACAAAUUAUGAAGAUGCUAAAAUGAAGGACACUACAGAACAAAAAAUGCCUUUUGAAAGGAAUGAUAAGCCUGAAAGUAGCUUGGAAACAGUUAAACCAAGAGAGAAGGAGGAGUUUAUUGGUGAAAUAUCUGAGAAGUCUCAAGGGAGCACAACCCAAAACACAGUUACUGGUCUAGAGACUGACUUCUCAGAGGGGUUUAUGCAAUAUAACAGUGUAAACAAGAGUUUAUAUGGAGACAAAAUCAUCUUGAUUUCAGGAAAACAUGAAAAUGGAAAGGUUUGUACAACCAAAAGCAUGGAAAAAUACCAAAGCCCUGUGUCUAAUGACAAAGCCAAGCUUCUACUAUUACAUUAUAAGGUGCAGCAUUUAGGAAACCUCCAAGCCAAUAACAGAAACAUUCUAGCAGGAAGAAAGAGUAUUGACCACAAUUCUUUCUUUUUUGCACCAAGAAUUGAAAGGGCUAUAAUCACUAAUAAAGACAUGCCUGGGAAUAAUUUAAAGCUACACAAUAUGUGUUUUCUAAGACCUUCCAUAAAUGAUACACAGAAGAGUCAAGUGAAAACAGUGUCUCCAUCAUCUCCACUAAAGACCUAUCCUGCUAUAUUCUGCAGUACAGCAAAAAGCCUGCAGACCACACUCUAUCCCAGCCUGUUACUCCCUGCACAAGCUAAACAUUCAUGGAUCUCAAAGUAUGAAAAAUAUAAGCACACUGAAUAUAAAUGUCCAAAACCAGUUGUACAAACAAGACAGGAGAAAUCAAACACCACAGAAGACAAAGUAGAUGCUUUUGCAACAACUUCCAGCUUGAAUUCAAUACCAAGUUCAGCGUUUGUUUCCAAAGAGACUUUAAGUGAUAACAAAAAUGAUGACUUUGUAACGGUACCGCAGCGCCAAGCAUUUGUCCCAUUGUGUGAAAGAGACAAAAAAGUCCCAGAAAUCCAAAAAUAUGUUCAUUCCUUUCAGACUCAGUAUCUGGUCCAUAUUCCUAAUUCUACACACGGCAUGAGUGAGAGCAGUCAAACACAUGAAUAUAACCAUCAUGGGAAGGAAAAUCAGCUGCACUGUGUAAUUACAGAAAGCAUUUCUGAAGAAUUUAUUACAUUAAAUACAACCCAGGUUUUUGAUAGACUAGAAAAUAACCCACAAAGUGAUGAAGCUGGACUGGAUAUAAUGGACACCUGGCCAAUACCAGACAAAGAUGAAUUCACUCUUAUCUCGGAUGCAAAGACAAUACCCUCUCAAAGCUUUUCUCUUGAACACAAAAAUUCACUUUCAUAUGAGGAAGGUAUUGCAUUUAACCCUAUAAAUGAUAUUAAUUUAAAUCAGGAUAGUGAGAAAUCCAAUAGUGCUAAAGGUAUUAAUAAGCAUAAUUACACUGUAUCUGGUUCAAAUAUCGGAAGUACAGUUCCAUGUUUUGCUAAAACUUCAGAAUUUACUAAAAGCUCCACAGAUAUCAGUUUUUUGAAUCCUAAUGAAAAUAGCCCAGAAUGUUGCAGAUUUCAGCAGCAUACAAGUGACAGCACGAGUGUGGAUAAUACAAUUAACUUAUGCUUACAUGGCAGCCAGGAACAGCCUAGUGGUGUUCAUAACCAAUGGCAACAAUGUCAGUUGCAAGCAAAGAGUAACUCUCAAGACAGUGGAUCAUCAGCUCUUCAAAAAGACACAAAUGAAAAGACAUCUACUAUAGAUCACACCUUGAACAUAACAAGUCAACAAGUCCACAUUGACACCAAUUCCAACACAAAUGAAGCUGUAACUGUGGGAGAUAGCACCUUAGUUUACAGGGAACCACCAUGUUCUUUGAUGGACCCAACAAAAAGUGAGCACUCAAAUCAAUCAGCUCUUCAAAGCACUGAAUUCCCAUUUGGAACUGUAACAAAUAAAGCUUAUGAAGAAACACAUGAAAAGACGUCUACUAUAGAUCACAUCUUAACAAACAUAACAAGUCAACAAGUCCACAUUGACACCAAUUCCAACACAAAUGAAGCUGUAACUGUGGGAGAUAGCACUGUAGGUCACAGGGAACCACCAUGUUCUUUGAUGGAUCCAAGUAAAAGUGAGCACUCAAAUCAAUCAGCUCUUCAAAGCACUGAAUUUCCAUUUGGAACUCUAACAAAUAAUGCUUAUGAAGAAAUACAUGAAAAGACAUCUACUAUAGAUCACAUCUCAACAAACAUAACAAGUCAACAAGUCCACAUUGACACCAAUUCCAACACAAAUGAAGCUGUAACUUUGGGAGAUAGCACUGUAGGUCACAGGGAACCACCAUGUUCUUUGAUGGAUCCAAUAAAAAGUGAGCACUCAAAUCACUCAGUGAUGGACCUAUCCAAAGAACAAUCUGAACCAAUGCACUCUGCACUCAAAACAGAAAUGUAUCCAACUUGUGACUUGUCUAUUGAGCUGGAACACAAGACCCAAGAUGAUUCACAAGAUCUACAAAACACAUCCUCAUCUUCAAGUGAUCAACUCCUUUCUAGCAAAAGUAUUCUGUCUAAUAUUGCAGAAAGCAAUUCAGAACAACAAAGUGCAAAUACAUUUGACAAGGACAUGCCAUUGGUUGCAAAGAGCUGUGAGAACAUCUAUUCUCAGUUCUUAAGACAGAGAUCGACACUAAAAAACAAGGCCCAAAGUAUGCUGUGUUUGCUAGCAGAAUAUUAUUCCUCAACGGGAUGCCCUGAAACCGGACCAGUUGAAGAAGUAUCAAGAGGAAGCUUUAUCAGGAUUCCCGCUGGACUUCAGCAUGUAGGCAAAGCAAUGAGGGUCCAAUUAACGUUGGGCAACUGUUUGGAGUUAUUAAAGCUAGCGAGAAAGAACAGUGUGCCUGAACUCUUGAAAGCUGUUUACACUGUGAUCAGCGACAAUUAUCUUCACGUCCUAAAGAACCCAGCCAUUUACGGACGACUGACGGCGUCUGAGAGGGACCAAAUUCUUGAGCUACGAAUGAAGGGAAAGGCAUCUCUCUGCAUUAUUGAAAUGAAAAGUAUCUUUGACUGGAAUAAAAAGAAACAAGAUUCAGCAGAGAUGCAUGAGCUUCAGUCCAGAGGUCAAUUCUAUGCCCUAGAUAUGGAAAAGAACCAAUGGAAAAUGGUGACGAGUAUCCCAGAAGAAGCUUGCCUUAAAGGAUCUAGUAUAUGCUCAAUGCACAAUUACCUGUUUAUUGCAGGGGGCAUCCAGGUGGUGGGGGGAAACUCAACGUGCUCCAACAAAUUAUUUUGUUACAAUCCGCUUACGGAUAUCUGGGGCCAGCUGACGCCAAUGAGCCAAGCACGAUCCCAGCUAAAGCUAAUUCCACUUGAUGGGCAUCUUUAUGCUAUAGGUGGCGAGUGCCUGCAUACAGUGGAAAAAUAUGACCCUCGGUUAAAUAAAUGGACCUUUACAGCCCCCCUGCCCAAGGGCUCAUUUGCUGUGGCACAUGAAGCUGUCGCCUGCGGAGGAGACAUUUUUAUUUCAGGGGGGCAUUUAUUUUAUCGACUGUUAAAGUAUAGCCCUGUUCAUGACCAAUGGGAGGAAUGCCCCUUCAGUGCGAGCAAGGGCCGAUCUUGUGACAUGAUAGCCGUGGGGAAUAUUCUUUACAGAUUUGACAUUCAGAGGGAUUCUACAGUUGGCAUCUUCAAAUAUAAUACCAUAUCCAAGAGCUGGUCAGAAUAUACAGCUGUCUUUCCUGGUACUAAGGUGCCCUUCAGAUGUGCUGCGGUAGAUGGGGCCAUCUACUGCUUAAACAGGGAAACAACCACGCGUUUCACGGUUAAAGAUGAAGCCGUUGUAUUUGAAUCAGCAGUUUUCUCCAGUUUUCCUGCAAAGGGUAUAGGUUCUGCAUGCCCCGUUGUGUUGUAUUUGCCAGAGUCGGUUCCACAGACCUCUGUUUGAGUGAAUGACCCUGUUACUGUGUGAGCUUUGACAUGUUAAAGAUAAACACUACAUUUGCUUCAAAUGAUCAAGAGACAUUAGUUCUGGAUGGCAUUUUUGGGAAGUAACCUAACCGACCAAUCAGAUUUUAGCUUUCAUUUUUUAAUUUGUAGCAGACUGUUCCAAACUAAUUCCUGACUGGUGGCAGCUGAACUUGCACAUUUUAGCAGGGGGACUGCAGGUUAUACUUUCCACUUUAGGUUGGCUGCAAACACAGAACCAAUGUGUUCACAUAGUCACCCCUGUUCAACAUGAUCCCUAUAAAUGGGUCUUGCAUUGGUUGCAUAGUUGCUUUAUUUAUUUAAUUUUAUAAUAAUUUGUUAGAUAUUUAUUUUGUUCUGGACAGCAGAGGGCAGUGAUAUUGAAUGCAUUUUCACUUGAUCCAACAUGGAGUAUAUAU